AUGACUAAAGCGAUGUUUACGCUGCAAGGGAUCUUGAACUGUAUCUCUAUAAAAGCUGCAAACGCUCGUGUGCUGUCUAGAUGCACCAAUCAGGCCAAGCGAGUCCCUGACCGCCUUACCGCAUCUGGAUUAGCGGUGAGCACGCCAUCACAUCUUUCUUCCAAAUUUCCCUCCAUCACCGCCUACGGAGAUGUCAGAGCAGGUAACCUUCAAGCACAGAAGCUUCUCAACACCACCACAAUGGGUCACCACCGCGAAUCAUCCUCCAGCUCCAACAACGAGUCUGGCUAUGCAUCUGGCUCUUCCUCAGCCGACCCCUCCCCCUCUAUCAUCCUCACAAAAGCACAUCUAAAAUUCCUCAACUCAACCCUCAACACCCUCACCCCCCUCGAGAUCCUCCGCUGGUGCAAGCUCACCUUCCCCUCGCUCUACCAGACCACCGCCUUUGGAGUCUCCGGCCUCGUCACCCUAGACAUGCUCUCGAAACUACAAACCGAGACCCCGUCCGCACCUAGCAUCGAUGCCAUAUUCCUCGACACACUGUACCACUUCACCGAGACGCUCGAACUCGUCGAGAAGACCAAGCAACGCUACCCCAACGUAAACCUGCACGUCUACAAACCCGAAGGCGUAUCCACAGCCUCCGAGUUCGAAGCCAAGCACGGAUCAGAACUCUGGAAAACAGACGCCGAUCUGUACGACUGGGUAGCCAAAGUCGAGCCUGCGCAGCGCGCAUACUCCGACCUAUCUGUUGCAGCCGUGCUCACCGGGCGUCGGCGGUCUCAAGGCGCGAAGCGGGAAUCGCUGGACAUUAUCGAGAUCGACGAGGCGGGCCUGAUCAAGAUUAACCCGCUGGCUAGCUGGAGCUUCGCGCAGGUGCAAGAGUAUAUCCGCGAGAACGACGUUCCGUACAACGUGCUGCUGGACCGGGGGUACAAGAGCGUGGGCGAUUGGCAUAGCACGGAGCCGGUGCGCGAGGGCGAGGAUGAGCGGGCGGGGCGCUGGAAGGGACAGGCGAAGACGGAGUGCGGGAUUCAUAAUAAGCGGAGCAAGUACGCGCAGUAUCUGUGGGAGGUGGAGCAGAAGGCGCAGAGGGAUGAGUUGGAUGCGAGACUGGGAAAGAUUGAGAUUGGGGAGGAGAAGGAAAGGGUUGGGGAGGUUAGUGUUGCGGCGUGA